GCCGCAGUUCCCGGGAGCCUCGGCCGAGUUCGCCGAACGCCUCGAGUUCAUCCAGCCCCGGGUGCUGGCCGGGAUCCCGGUGUACCGGGUGAUGGACCGGCAGGGACACGUCCUGAGACCCUCCGAGGACCCGCAGCUGCCCAAGGAGCAGGUGCUGAAGCUCUACAAGACGAUGACGCUGCUCAACACCAUGGACAGGAUCCUGUACGAGUCCCAGCGCCAGGGCCGGAUCUCGUUCUACAUGACCAAUUACGGCGAGGAGGGGACUCACGUGGGCAGCGCCGCCGCGCUCGACGCCUCCGACCUCGUCUUUGGGCAGUACCGGGAGGCAGGUGUGCUGCUGUACCGGGGUUACCCCCUGGAGCUCUUCAUGGCCCAGUGCUACGGCAACGCCAGCGACCCCGGCAAGGGCCGGCAGACGGUGCACUACGGCUGCCCCGAGCGUCACUUUGUCACCAUCUCGUCCCCGCUGGCCACGCAGAUCCCGCAAGCGGUGGGCGCGGCGUACGCCAUCAAGCGCGCUGACGCCAGCCGGGCGGUGGUCUGCUACUUUGGGGAGGGGGCUGCGAGCGAGGGCGACGCCCACGCCGGCUUCAACUUCGCCGCCACCCUCGAGUGCCCGAUCGUCUUCUUCUGCCGCAACAACGGCUACGCCAUCUCCACGCCCACCUCCGAGCAGUACCGCGGGGAUGGAAUCGCGGCGCGGGGUCCCGGUUACGGGCUGCUGUCCAUCCGCGUGGACGGUAACGACGUUUUCGCCGUGUACAACGCCACGCGGGAGGCGCGGCGCCGCGCCGUGGCCGAGAACCAGCCCUUCCUCAUCGAGGCCAUGACCUACCGGAUCGGGCACCACAGCACGAGUGACGACAGCUCCGCGUACCGCUCGGUGGACGAGGUGAAUUAUUGGGAUAAGCAGGAUCAUCCCAUCUCCCGCCUCCGGCACUACCUGAGCCACCGGGGCUGGUGGGACGAGGAGGAGGAGAAGGCCUGGAGGAAGAGCUCCCGGAAAAUGGUGCUGGAGGCGUUCGAGCAGGCGGAGCGGGAGCCGAAGCCGCCUCCUCACCUGCUCUUCUCCGACGUUUACCGGGAGAUGCCCCCGCGGCUGCGGCGGCAGCGGGAGGAGCUCCAGCGGCACCUGGAGACCUACGGGGAGCACUACCCGCUCCAGAACUUCCAGAAAUGAGCCGGGAAUUCCGGGAAUGCCGCGGGAAUUCCAUGGGAAAAACACGGGAAUCACAUGGGAAUUGCGGGAAAGCCACGAGAAAUCACGGGAAUCAAUUCCGGGAAACCCCUGGGAAUCCAUCAGCACCAUCGGGAAUCCCUGAGCACCUCCGGGAAUUCCGGGAAAACCACAGGAAUUCCAUGGGAAUCCCACGGGAAUUCCACGGGAAACCCCUGGGAAUCCCUCAGCACCAUCGGGAAUCCCUGAGCACCCUCGGGAAUUCCGGGAAAACCACGGGAAUUCCAUGGGAAAACCACGGGAAUCCCACGGGAAUUCCGGGAAAGCCACGGGAAAUCACGGGAAUCAAUUCCGGGAAACCCCUGGGAAUCCCUCAGCACCAUCGGGAAUCCCUGAGCACCCUCGGGAAUUCCGGGAAUCCCAAGGGAAUUCCACGGGAAAACCACGGGAAUCCCACGGGAAUUCCGGGAAUCCCACGGGAAUCCCUCAGCACCAUCGGGAAUCCCUCAGCACCAUCGGGAAUCCCUGAGCACCCUCGGGAAUUCCGGGAAAACCACAGGAAUUCCAUGGGAAUCCCACGGGAAUUCCGGGAAUCCCACGGGAAUCCAUCAGCACCCUCCGGAAUCCCUGAGCACCCUUGGAAAUCCCUCAGCACCCCGGGAAUUCCGGGAAUCCCAUGGGAAUUCCGGGAAACCCACGGGAAUUCCACGGGAAACCCACGGGAAUCCCUGAGCACCCUCGGGAAUCCUUCAGCACCCUCGGGAAUUCCAGGAAUUCUCCGGGAAUCUCUCAGCAUUCCCGGGAAUCCCUGAGCAUCCCCAGGAAUACCAGGAAAUCCCCGGGAAUUCUGGGAAACCCUCGGGAAUCCUUCAGCAUCCUCGGGAAUCCUUCAGCAUCCCUGGGAAUUCCGGGAAUCCCAUGAGAAUCCCUCAGCACCCUUGGGAAUUCCAGGAAUUCUUUGGGAAUCCCUCAGCAUUCCCGGGAAUUCUGGGAAACCCCCGGGAAUCCCUCAGCACCCUCGGGAAUUCCAGGAAUCUCCCGGGAAUCCUUCAGCACCAUCAGGAAUCCUUCAGCAUCCCCAGGAAAUCCAGGAAAUCCCCGGGAAUUCCAGGAAAUCCCCGGGAAAUCCAGGAAAUCCCCAGGAAUUCCAGGAAAUCCCCGGGAAUUCCAGGAAACCCCUGGGAAUUCCAGGAAAUCCCCAGGAAAUCCAGGAAAUCCCCAGGAAUUCCAGGAAAUCCCCAGGAAAUCCAGGAAAUCCCCAGGAAAUCCAGGAAAUCCCCAGGAAAUCCCCAGGAAUUCCAGGAAAUCCCCAGGAAAUCCAGGAAAUCCCCGGGAAUUCCGGGAAAUCCCCAGGAAAUCCCCAGAAAUUCCAGGAAAUCCCCAGGAAAUCCAGGAAAUCCCCAGGAAAUCCCC